GGUACUUGGGAACCGGGUCAAGCAAAUGCAAUAAAAGCACGAAUCCGGGUCGCGUUUUAAUAUCCAGACACAUUCGGUCCUUCGCCGGGUCUGCGUCGGCGUUAGUUCUCAGUGGAAGUGGAGAACGACAAAAUGCUGCAGUGCAUCUCCUUCAAGUCGUCAUCAGGGAACUCAUCAUUACCGACCUCGCCGCCGAUGAACAAUAUCAAUUCUCACCCGCAGCUUUCACAGGCAGGGAGUGGGAAUUCGACCGAUGGCACGCCGCGGUCGAGCGCACAGCCUUCUCCCGUCAUCAACCUCACACGCGAGUACACCCUUGCCCUUCAGACCAAUUCCUACAAUGAGAUGUGGACGCGAAUCCACGUUGUGGACAAUGACCAAGUACAGGAAGAGGUCGAAGUAGAAAAUGGUGAGCUGCUGUUGAGCCAGGUGCUGCAACCAGACAGAGACUCUGUGGAGGAAGCUCUCCGCCACUCCAGGCCGAGCACUCUCACCCGCCUAGUCUCCACAUACUUCGAACACAGUGAGAACACCACCAAACUCUGUCUCCUCCUCCACCAGAGCGUUUAUCAGGCUCGGGCGCUUUACGCCCCCAUCCAUAAUCUACUGGAGGUGCUUCCCCACAAUAGCCACUCCUAUACACUCUCAGAGCCCCAAUGUGAUUGGGCCUCUGAUGUUUUUGUCCAGUUUGAAAGCCUUGACAAUCCUUUCCCUUGCCCCGACUCUCACAACUUCCACGAAAUGAGGCGUUGUUUCUCCCAGCUGAAGCUGCAGCUGGAUCGCCGCCUCAGCAAGUCCCGCUCCAAAGUUCGCCUUCUCCGCCACACUACAUCUGGCCCUUCCUUGUGCUUGAUUGGAACUGCUGUGGCUGCUGCUAUUGCUGGCACAGUCCUUGCAACUCACGCUCUAAUUGCCAUUGUCGCUGGUCCUUGUUUUACAGCGUACCUUCCUCGAGAGUUGACUAAGAAGGAGUCUUCACACAUUGCGCAGCUUGAUGCUGCUGCCAUGUGCAGUUACAUAUUGAACGAGGAUCUGGGCACCAUUGACUGCGUGGUUGCAAGAUUAUAUACUCACAUUGAAGGUGAUAAGUUUCUGAUACGAUUAGGUUUGGAGAAGGGAAGGGAGAGGCAUCCUAUUGAGGAAGUGCUUAAGCAGCUCCACAAGAACCAUCUCGCUAUUAACGAACAACUCAACGAGCUUGAAGAACGUAUUUGUAUCUGCUUUAACACUGUCAAUAAGACCAGAUCCCGGCUCCUUCAAGAGAUCCGUCUUCAUCAAACUUCUUAUGCAUGAGUCCUGACUGAUUUCAAUAGCUUGAUAGUUCUGAUAUUUACUCCCUAUAUAUACUCUUUGUAUAACCAACCAUAUGUGGCAUCUUGCAAAACUCUGACAAAGAAAUAAAACUCCCCUUAAUUUUACGAUAUCUUGCGCACCUUUCGUUAGUUAUUUCAGUUAUUUGUGGAGGGGAAAGUGGUUUGCAGCAUCUUACACAUAUGAGCAAGAACCCAUUCUUUCCCUGCUUCUUUCUUUGAUACUGAUUUUGCUUUGCUCAUUGAAUACGUUGGAUGAAUGCUGAUGUAUAUGCUUCAGAAUUGGGUAGUAGGGUUGCAUUGUUGAUGUUUUGUGAGACUGAUUCACUCAGUAUAAGGAAAAAAAAUGGCAGCACAUUGUAUCAGGC